UAUAGAUUGUAAAAAAUAUUGAAAGGAAAGCAGCAGGGGAAACUCAAAUGGAGCUGGGAGAUGAUCAAAACGACGCUGUAUCAUCACCUCCCUCCACAGUGACUUUAACCUCACUUUCAAUUUCAGACUCUUCCACCGGCGACAUACAUCACGCGCCGCCGCCGCAGCCGCAGCAUCCAAUCUUUCCGGUCGAGAUCGUGGAAGAAAUCAUAAUCAGGUUUCCGGUGAAGUUCCUCUCGCAGCUCCGGUGCGUCUGCAAGUCCUGGAACGCCCUGAUUUCCGAUCCCAAAUUCGCCAGAAGGCACCUUCGCCGGCUCAACCGCCGCAUCCUCCUCGUACACUUGAGGAACCGCUCACAUGAAAACCAUUUCGUGUCUUACCCGCUCACCUCCGUUCUCAAGCCUGUGACCACCGGUGGUACACAAAUCGAUAGCCCUCUGGAUUAUUUAAUCAUUGGGUCCUGCGAUGGCAUCAUCUGUUGUUUCAAGUUCAGUCAUAAAUCUGGUUAUUCCUUUGUUGUCUGGAACCCUUCAAUUCGGAAAUUCUGGGAAUUGCCACCUUUGGAAAAUCUACUGCUAGAGGAUUGUGAUGCUGAUGCACAUACAUUUCCUUCCUAUGGGUUUGGUUACGAUCAUCUCUCUGAUAGUUUCAAGGUGAUUGUGAUCUUUUACUAUGUAUGUCUUGCAGAAACUCAUGUCAUGGUUCAUACUUUGGGCUCCAAUUCUUGGAGAAGGAUUCAGGAUUCACCUUGUAUCCCUUAUUGGGGCUGUUGUCAUAAUGGAAAAUUUGUGAGCGGUGCAGUUAAUUGGUUGACAGGUGAUGGUGAAGAUGGUUUCAAUCGGGGCCACGGUAUUAUUUCUCUUGAUUUGGGGAAAGAAUCGUAUCAAGAAUUUUUGCAGCCUGAUUAUGGAAUUGAGGUUGACUACUUGACCAUGGGUGUCAUGAGAGAUUGCUUGUGCUUACUUGCUAAUUCAGAUGUUUGGGUUAUGAAGGAGUAUGGAAAUAAUGAUUCCUGGACUAAAUUGUUCAGUUUGCCUUCUGACUUCUGGCAUGCAUGUUGUCCCUAUAUUCUGGGUUGCAAUUCACUUUGUGUUCUUGAGGAUGAUGAAACAAUAUUCUUCCAGUAUAGGAAUUUAGAUAUUUAUAAUUAUAAAAGUGGCACUUUUAGGAGUUCUGCUCUAGAAUACAAACCUGGUUUGAUCGAAGGUAUGUACUUUGGUAUCUAAGAUAUGUAUGUUGUGAUUGAGAGUUUGAUUUCACCUUUUCCUCAAAAUUAGAAGGUAGUAGAUUAUGUGUCACUUUUGCCGUUUUAAGUUCUUGAAGAAUGUAUCAACUACCAAUUGACUAUUAUUAAUUUUGCAUAUCCAUUUUCCCAUUGAUAUCACCCUUCAAGCAA